AUGGGUCAAGGUCAGUCUCAACAGCAAGCGGCGCAGCAACCUCCAGAGCCGCAACUUAGUGAAGAAGAGCGCGCACAACUGCAGGUCGAGAUGCGCGCAAAGCAACAGGCGGCUCUCGACAAGCGUUUCGCCAGCCAGCCAAGGUCAAGGAAGCCCUCACCCACAGGCGCGCAAGCGAAGAGGAAGCCAACCGCACUCGAGGAAAGUUUAGAAACUGGAACUGAGGAAUGGUGCGAUGGAAAGUUGUGA